UGCACUUCCUGUUUACGUUUUUGACAACCAUUGGACUGACAUUUGUAUAGUUUCGAACAAGUCGUCGCCUUACUUUUAGCUAAACUUGGGCAAAACGUAUAGCUUGUGUUACAUAAGGACUAAAACUAGCUCACCAACUUUCAAAUUAAUUGAUAUGACAGAGGUUUAUUGUGAACUGGAACACGUUUGGAUCAUUUUAUAACUAGCUGGCUAUAGCUAGCUAUAAAAAAUUUGCACUUUCGGCCGAUCAUCAUAAUUCUGAGGGCUGCUAGCUAAAGUCACCGACAAUAUUUUAGUGUUGUUAGCUGUGUCUCGUAACAUGGAGAAUAAGUACAACCUCAAGAGUCCGGCGGUGAAGAGGCUGAUGAAGGAGGCUGCAGAGCUGAGGGAACCCACAGAGCACUACCACGCCCAGCCACUGGAGGAUAAUCUGUUUGAGUGGCACUUCUCAGUCCGUGGCCCCCCUGACUCAGACUUUGAUGGGGGGGUCUACCAUGGCAGGAUCGUCCUCCCCCCAGAGUACCCCAUGAAGCCCCCCAGUAUCAUCCUCCUCACACCCAACGGGAGGUUCGAGGUGGGGAAGAAGAUCUGUCUGAGUAUUUCUGGGCACCAUCCGGAGACCUGGCAACCAUCCUGGAGCAUAAGAACGGCACUAAUAGCUAUAAUCGGAUUCAUGCCGACCAAAGGAGAGGGGGCGAUAGGAUCCCUUGAUUACACCCCGGAAGAAAGAAGAGCCCUGGCCAAAAAAUCCCUGGACUUCUGCUGCGAGGCCUGUGAGUGCUCCACUCGGACGGCCCUGCUGUCCCUCUCCCCUAACAGCACGCACAGCCCUGCCCAUGCCAAGGCCAAAGAACUCGCCCAGCAGAUCAAAUUCAAGGCAGAGUCCAGCUCGUCCAGCCUCUCCAGCGAGAGCGCCGGAGCGUCCAGCGAUUCCUCCGCCAGCUCCCAGGGUCAGAGCUUGGGUCUGGGGGUGCAGGGGCCCUCUGAGGGCCUGGGUGAGCAGUCGGAGGCAUCUCCAGCAGCCAGUGAAGAUCAGGCCGGCCCCCCUGCUGCCAGCGCCCGCUCCCUCAGCCCCCGCCAGCGCAGAGCCCAGCAGCUGGGCCAGGCCCAGGCCCAGAGGGAGCCCCCGAGCCGGCCCAUCUUCCCUGCCUUCCCCGUGGCCCCUCACCCCCCUCAGGACGGCAGCCACACGGGCUCCGUGGUGCUCAUCCUGCUGCUCACCCUGGCCCUGGCCGCGCUCAUCUUCCGUAGGGUCUACCUGACACAAGAGUACAAGUUUGACUACGAGCUGUGAUAACGCUGCUAACACACGCACCCACUGCCACCCUCCCCCCCG